AUUCACUUCAACAAACCCUCUCAACACACCUCCCGUCUCAGCUUCAACCAGCACAUGGAAAUGGAGGACCAAAUGGAAAGCCAGAAGAGAAGAGGAAUGAGUAAAGAAGAUUUAAUAUCUGAACGGACAGGGUCUUUGGGAUGCAUUGGUUGGUUCAUCGUCAUAGUCUCUGGCAUCUUCACAGUUUUCCUCUUCCCCAUCACCAUCUGGUUUUGUCUGAAGAUUGUUCAGGAGUAUGAGCGCGCCGUCAUCUUCAGACUGGGACGCAUUACAGACAGGAAGGCUAAAGGACCAGGGAUUUUCUUUAUCCUGCCGUGCACUGACUCCUUUGUGAAAGUAGAUCUGAGAACAGUUUCAUUUGACAUCCCACCACAAGAGAUCCUGACCAAGGACUCAGUUACAGUUUGUGUGGACGGAGUGGUGUACUUCCGGGUCAGUGACCCCAUCGCCUCUGUGGCCAACGUGUCUAAUGCUGACUUCUCCACCCGUCUGCUGGCACAGACCACCCUCAGAAAUGUCCUGGGGACUAAGAACCUGUCUGAGCUCUUGUCUGACCGUGAGGGCAUCGCUCACAGCAUGCAGAGCAGCCUCGAUGAAGCCACAGACAACUGGGGCAUCAAGGUGGAGCGUGUGGAGAUUAAAGAUGUGAAGCUGCCACAUCAGCUGCAGAGAGCCAUGGCGGCUGAAGCAGAGGCUGCACGGGAGGCCAGAGCCAAGGUGAUUGCAGCAGAGGGUGAGAUGAAUGCAUCUCGUGCCCUGAAGGAGGCGUCCCUCGUCAUCGCAGAGUCCCCGUCAGCCCUGCAGCUUCGCUACCUGCAGACUCUCAACACCAUCGCAGCGGAGAAGAACUCCACCAUUAUCUUCCCCCUGCCCAUGGAUAUCAUAUCUCACUUCAUACGGAAGUGAUAGCUCAGUUUGCUGAUCCUCUAAAGUCGCUGUUGAGUAGAACAGAAAUUGGAUGGGAGCAGGGUCACAUUUCUGUGGCUCCUUCAGCAUGCAAGAUGAUGCUGUUGAUGUAUGGUUGACAUUUCUCUCCUGACAGUCGGAAACACCUUUAUGGUUUAUGUAUAUCCAAGCUGUGAUCAGGCCAGACCUGCUAACCAAUGUGAUGCAGAUGAAGUUCAGUGUAGUCCGCAUCGUUUACAUGUCUUUGACAAACUGUCUUAUGUAACUGCUGUCAUUUGUCAUUAAAAUUAUAUAAUAAAGUGCCUCAUUCACAGAAUUAUAUGAUGUAAUGUUGAUCAGUUGCAUAUUUUGUUACAUUAAAUGUCAAAUUUUUCAAUCUAACUGGUGAGGUUUUAAUCUCAGUCAUACAUUUUGCAAAGCUUCUGUUAGCUAUUAGUUUAUGUUUUGUCAUGUAACUGAACUGUAAUAGAACAUGUUAGUGAUUUUAUCUCUUCACCUGAAUAAAACACUCCCUUGGCUUUAGGUCACACUUUUGAAAUACGCAGUGGCAAAAGGACACUUAAGAAAUCCAACAUUUUCCAUCUAUUAAGAUUUAUUAUGGUUUUUGUUGUUGUAGGUUAUGACAAGAAAGAAAGACCGAAGGUUUAGCAUGCAGCAGGAUAUUUGAUAUCAGAAAGACCAAUAUCAGCAACCUCUAAACAUGGUCGUUUUGUCCACGUAUACUUUGAUGCUUGUGAUCAAAACCAGUCCUGAACAUCUACAGAAUGUUGUUAACUACAGUAGGACAACUACUUGUAUCCAGAAAGCAUGUCAGUUAAACACUCUUAAACUUAAGAGGAGAGAAGGACUUAUCCUUAAAUGAAACAUGGACAUGCAUGUGACAUUUCUUGGAUGUUUUUUUAAUAGUGUGUUCUUCCCCAAAAAGUACAAAUAAAACCAUCAACAUACUGUGUAUA